GAGAAACACAAGUAUGGAUGGCGGCGGUGAUGCGGUUCAGCGUUCCACCGUUUUUCGUGUUGAGAGAAAAGACUGACGCUUGAGCGGGUGGAGACUGCUACACAUUUAAAUCCCCCGGGUCGGGUUUUCAGCGUUUAGCAACAAAUAACUUUUCCUUUUUUAUUUUCAUUCUACCGUUGGAUUCUUUAGAGCUGGUUUAAUGUCGUAAGGAACAGGUCUGUAAGGGCGUCGUUGUUGGAAGUUUUUUCGAGGGGGGGUUUUGACCAGCAAAGGGCCAUGGCAGUCGAGGCUCGACCGGAGCUGGUCGGAAAGCGGUUCCUCUGUGUCAGCGGGGACGAGCCUCCUGAAAUCGGCGACUUCGGUCGGUGGCCGUGGAGGUCUGGAGUCAUACGGGCCGUUAACCAUCGUGACAGCGACAAUCCCGACCUGACGGCAUAUGUGGAGUUUGAUGACCAGGAAUGGGAGAAGAGAGAGUGGGUGAAGGUCUAUGAGGAUUUCCAGCUGUUUCUAUUGGAGCACCAGCUGGUCUGGGCCAAGAGAAAGGAGGGAGCAGGAGGAGGAGCAGGAGCAGGUGGAGGAGCAGGAGGCCUACUGCUGGGAACCAAGGCCAAACACAUACAGUGGCCUGCCCUGACAUUUAAGCCAGUAGUGGGGAAGAGCCUGUUGUCGCCAGUAACAGCAGUGGAAUUCUUGUUAGACCGACAGCUGGACUUCCUGUCUGACCAUUCAGCCUACCAACCAUACCAGGAUGAGGUGGACAGUCAGAACCCAGUGUUAAGAGACAACCAUCAGCUCCAUGAAGAAGUGACAGGCUGGCUCAAAGACCAGAAGGUGCAGGAAAUUUUUAUGCAAGGUCCCUAUUCAUUGAAUGGCUACCGCGUGCGUGUUUACAGACAAGACUCAGCUACCCAGUGGUUCACUGGCAUCAUUACACACCACGAUCUCUUCAGUCGAAACAUGGUCGUCAUGAAUGACCAGGUGCUAGAGCCUCAGAACGUGGAUCCAUCUAUGGUCCAGAUGACCUUUCUGGAUGACGUGGUCCACUCCCUGCUGAAAGGAGAAAACAUUGGCAUCACUUCAAGACGAAGGUCACGUUCCAGCCAGAACAACAACUCUGCCCACAUGGCGGGAGGGAGACCCGGCGGGACCACUGGCAACACUCAGAGUCAUUACACACGAGCCCAAGCCAACAGCCCCCGCCCCAUCAUGACUUCAUUGGGCCCUAACCCAAAAGGUUCCCAGGGGAUGCUGACCUCCCAGCAGCAGAGCCAAUCACAGCAAAGCCAGCAACCAGCCAGCCAAUCACACAACUCGCCCGGCGGCAGUGGGCGGGAACAGAGAGAGCAGCGCAACUCUCGCUCUUCCAGGAGGAAAGGAUCAGAUAGCAGUGUUCCAGAGGAGGAUAAGGACAGGAGAGAAGAGACCACAGGGAGAGACUCCAAGUCAAAGGCAAAGCAGGCGGUGAACAAACGCAGGAAAGGCGAGGAAGAUGAGAAGAAGGCAGGUUUAAAGAGGCUGAAGACUGACAUGACCUCUGAUCUGUCGGAGAGCAGCGACUCAGAAAACCCACACAACAAGAGGACCGCCCACUCCUCAUGCUCCUCCUCCUCCUCAUCGUCUUCGUCGUCGUCGUCCUCCUCCUCUUCCUCCUCCUCAGAGCCCAACUCUGAGAAUGAGCUAAAGACUCGCAGCAGUGAUGUGAAACCAAGCGGUGUUUCCAAAAAAGAGGAAGAUGAGAAGCCUCUGAUGCAUGGCACCAAACUGAACGAUUCCUCUUCUCUCAUUAGUCGCCUGUCCCCGUGGGUGGAGCUUCAAGCAGAGGACAGCAAGAAGGGUCUGGUUAAGGAAACAAGCAAAAUGAUAACAAAGGAGGAGGAGGAAUUGGUCGCUGUAACACAGAUCACACAGUCUCCACGGCAACAGACGCCUCUGAGUUCUGACCCCAUCCAGGGCGGCAUUAUGGAGAGCAGCAAGAACACUAUGAAAGUGUCAUCUCGGUCCCAGACGCCGUCUUUAUCCCACCUCCACGGUGGCAGUGUGAUUGACAUCACAGAUGAUGCCCAGGCGACGGUGCACCAGGAGAGUUCAGAGGCAGUGUCUGCGCUGCUCGCCUCCCAGAAGGCCGAGUCCACGUCCCUCUCACCUUACCUCCCACUCAACCCCUCUCCCGUCUCCUCGCCUCCCGUCCCGCCAUCUCCUUCUCCAUCAGAAGGAGGCCGCAGAACAGAUAUUGAGCCUCCCAUGCAGCAGCAGGUUAUUAUGGGAGGUGGCAUGACAGCAGCCAGGAGCUUAGGCAACAAGAUAGAGUUUGCUCCCUCUGAAGUCAUCAGGCCUGUCACAUCUAUAACUGAAAAUAUGGUGCUUGUGGAGAAAGAGAAAACGGUCCUUCCUCAUCAUCUUCUUCUUCAUCAUCAUCAGCAGCAGCAGCAGCAUCAUCAGCAGCUGCAGCAGCAGCAACACUACACAUCUAUCCACCCCAGCAUUAAGAGUCUGUCUGAGGAGACAAGAAAACACUCACAGCAACAACCGCCCCCCAACAAGAUGAACACAGUCCUCCCCCCGGACUUAGCCAAAUCCAAAAUGAGCCCCAACCCAGCUCAGGUCGACUCCCUGAAACAGAAACUUCAGCACCCCAACAACUCUCAAUGCCAUCCCUACCCCAACACAAACCCAAGUGACUUUCUCAAGGCUAAGCCCCACCCAGCCCUGCUGGACAUCUCCAAACCUAAACCCAACACCUCCCCAGAGGUCUCUAAACAUAAAAUACAGAGGUACUCUGAUACCUCCCCACCUCCGACAGGCCGUUUGUCCGCUAAAGUAGAAAUAGCAGAACCUCCAAGGUCUGGUUUCAAGCCGGUGCUAGCGCGGUCAGAGUCGGGAGGAAUUAGUACGAGCAGCAGCAGCAGUACCAAGAGCCCUCUGAUCAUCGAUAAGAACGAGACCUUCACUGUUUACAGGGACCCAGCACUGGUCCGCUCAGAUGCAGAGAACUCUGCCUCUGCCACCGUCUCCUCCAACCAUGUGGCAGCCUAUCUUCAUCCCCACCUGCACACCCUCCACUCCCCCUCCCCUCACUCCCCCUGCCUCACCCCCGCUUCACAUCCCCACGGCGCUUCCCACCUCCUCGCUCCUCCUCACACCUCUGCUCUACCCCACCCGCACCUUUUACCCCCCGGGGUGCUCUCUGCCAUGCCUCCUCCUGCAGCAUCUCUUCUCGGGGGACACCCUCGGCUCGACUCCCCUGGUGGGUUGGGCCACCUCGCCCUGCCUCAUCCGGCAGCCACACACCAGCAGCAGUUCCUACAGGGUCAGGGCCCCCCUCCACCUCCUCUACUAGCCCAGGCUCACAGUGGAGCAGCAGGGCUGGGCCUAUACCCCAUCCUCUGGCAGUACCCCAACGGAACACCAACCUCCUAUACCCCAGGGCUCAACCUGCCCCCCACAGCUAAGUGGGUCCACCCAGAAAAUCCUGUCACCGUGAAUUCCGAGGCUUCUCUCAGGAGGAACACACCAAGUCCAUGGCUUCAUCAGGCUGCUGGUAGUGCUGGUGAUGGCCUCGGUUUGCUGAGCCACGUUCCUGUUCGGCCAGCCAGUGCAGAUGCCCACCGCCCCCCUGUCAAGAUCAACACACACACAAGCCCUCCACUUUCAAAGGCCAGCACGGACAUUCGUAAGGAAGAUGUAGAUAAGAAAGGCUUUGUGGACCCGAUCAGGACGCUGACGUUGGCCCAGCUGAAACAGGAGCAGACAGACAGGAGUCGAACCCCCACAGGAAAAGAUGUCCUCCUACACCACCUCUACCUAGACCCCCACAGCAAGGCUCGCCUGGCAAAUACACAGGAUGCAGUUCAGGCAGCAGACCGAGCCAGUAAAUAUAAAGAGGAGAAUCGUCAAAUCCUGAAAGAGAGUAUAGAGGUCGCUCCCUUCACUGCUAAGAUCCAGCGCUCCAGUGACCCCGGCAUGGACAGGGACAGAGAGAGGAGCAGAGAUUCAGCCUUCCCCGUCCGCAUACCAGCUCUUGCCUCCCCAAGCCCCAAGGCCAGCCACGCCCAUCCCCAUGUCAUCCAGUCAGAAAAGAGCAACUACUUCACUACGCUGUCCAACAGUGUGGUGAAUGAGCCUCCAAGACUUUACCCCUCCAAGGAGCUCAACUCUUACUAUGAAAAGGUGUCCAGCGGAGCUCCAGGGGUUGUGGCCAGUGUUGGGGCCGUGGUGUCAAGUCAGGGAGCUCUGUCCCUGGGCAGCUACAUCUCUAAAGCCUCCCUCUCCAAGCCUCCUCCCCUCAUUAAGCACCAACCAGAAGGAGGAGAGGGUUUAGCAGGGAAAAUCACGGAGCAGCUCAGCCAGCAGGUGACACUAGUCCAACAGCAACAUCAGCACCACACCGGUAUAGACAGGAUAGAACGUCGCAGCCCUGCCAUUUCUUCUUCCUCCUCCUCCACAUCCUCCUCUUUCUCCUCAGCCCCCAACCACCAUCAUCACCACCACCACCACCACCACCACCAACAGCAGCAGCAGCAGCAACACCAGCUCAGGGUAAUGCCAUCUCUACACCGAGCGCCUGUCUUCCAUCCGCCCACACAGCACGCACUGGAGCGUAAAGAGGCUGCAGAGCGAGAGAGGGAGCGGGAGAAGGAAAGAGAACGAGAGAGGGAGAGAGCAGGUUAUGGUGGACGUCUGUCUCCGCCAACCCUCACACCCAUCCAGCCAGUUAGCUUAGCGGCAGCGGGUAACAAAACAUCAGCGGAGCAGCAGAAGCCCCCCACUCUGCUGCCGGAGCUCAGGGACGUCAAAGGUCAUGGAAAUGCUGCCGCUGUCAACUGUGUGCCCUCAGCCAUCAGUGCGGAGAUUAUGACUUCACCUACAGACGUGUGGCGAGGUGGAGAGAUGAUUCAGGAAAGAGGAGGCUUAUUCUCGGGAGAGAAAGGACUAUCAAGGGGCAAGCCCCAAGCUGCAAUGGCAUCAGUCAUUGUGCGUCCGUCGACAUCUAUUAAGUAUGACAGUUCUGUUGGUGCUAACAAAUCUGGUGCUUUGAUCCAUAAGGAGCUCCCCCAGGGGAGACUCUAUCCAUCCAAGCUUCAGGGGGAAUGUCCUAGACUAGGGGAGUGUGUUAGAGAACCUGGAGCAGGAAGGAUUAUCCAGCACAACUCCAACCUGGACGACAUGUCUGUCCAGUAUAAAAAGACUUCUAUGCGUGACAUGCAGGGAACUAUGGGAGCCAGUACCACAAACUCUGUGUGCAGGACUGCCGUUUCAGCUGCAUCAGCUUUUGGCAUACAGAUUAAAAGUCCGACAUACUUCCCAGAGCUGGGCUACUCAGUCUCAGCUCGGGGAGAGAUUUCAGCCCAUAACACUGGCAUUGGUGGCUGGGCACUGAGCCACUCAGGUUCAGGAGAGCACCAGGAGGAGUUAGGCUCACGUACCACAUCUCCAGCGGGGUCUCUGCCUCCCCCUAGUCCAGCAGGGACACCCCAGCCCUGUCAAAGCCUCACCCCAACACCCAGCUCAAUUUCUGGUUCAAGUCAACCUUACUCCUCCUCCUUUGUCCACCUUAAGAAGCACAAAGCUGCCUUGGCUGCAGCCCAAUCCAGAAGCAACUUCUCCACUACUCCCACAUCCACCACAACUGGAAACUUCUCCCUAACUGUGGAUUCAGGGGAGAAAAUUCCCAUUCACAACUCGCCUCCUCCACCCUCUUCCAGCCAAGCCUCAUCAUCCUCCAUCGACAGCAGUAGCAGCAGCUCGGCAAGCGGGAGCACAACACCAGGCAAGUCUAGUCCCCUGCCUAAUGGCCAUACCUCUGGAUCAGCCUCAACAAGCAGCGGGCAGCCCAGUAACUACCACAAGCUGAAGAAAGCCUGGUUAACCCGACACUCAGAGGAGGACAGGAACACAACUGCUACUACAAGCGCCACCAGUGCUAAACCAGAGAAACAGCUCAGCACCACCACCAGCACAAGUAACACCACAGCCAUGUCUGAUAUGAUCAAACCCUGUACCGUCAAUCUCAGCGCCUCCACCUCCAGUGAGGUGGACAUGAGCAAAGACGGUGGAAGCAAAGUCGAGAGAGAGAGGCAGCUGGAGGAGAAGGUGGGAGGAGCAGCAGGAGGAGGGGAGGAGAGGAAAGCAGCUCCUUUAUCAAGGCGAGGUAACAAACGGUCAUACGAGUCCGGUUCAGAGAGUGGGGGAGAUGACUCUGACAACAGUGAAAGCAAAAUGGAGGGCCGAGCCAAGCGUCAGCCUAAACCAACCUACAAGAAGAAACAGAAUGAUAUGGCCAAGAAGAAAGGAGACAAUGAAAAGGAUGAAGAUGAUAUGAAGCCCAAUGGCAUCUUCAGAUCAGCCAGAGAGAAGACUAAACUCAAGCUGGCCAGCAGCAAUGGGAUUCCCCGCUCCGUUCUGAAGGACUGGAGGAAGGUGAAGAAGCUGAAGCAGACAGGGGAGUCUUUCCUGCAGGAUGACUCGUGUUCAGAAAUUGGACCCAACUUGCAAAAGUGUCGGGAGUGCAGGGUGGUCCGCAGCAAGAAGGGCGAGGAGCCGGCACAUUCCCCUGUCUUCUGUCGGUUCUACUAUUUCAGACGGCUUUCCUACAGUAAAAAUGGAGUUAUCCGGAUGGAUGGCUUCUCCACUCCAGACCAGUUUGAUGAUGAAGCCCUGGCCCUGUGGGUCCCUGGGGUGAUGGAGGAGAGCCACCUGGACCAAACCACAGCCAAGUAUAUCCUCAGCUUCAUCGGAGACAAGUUCUGUCAGAUGGUUGUGACUGAGAAUACUGCAGCCACCUGGGUCAAGAAGGAUGCCAAGCUGGCGUGGAAACGAGCUGUGAGGGGGGUGAGAGAGAUGUGUGACGCCUGCGAGGCAACACUCUUUAACAUCCACUGGGUUUGUCAGAAAUGUGGCUUUGUUGUCUGCUUGGACUGCUACAAGGCCAAGGAGAGAAGGAACUCCAAAGAUAAAGAACUAUACGGCUGGCUGAAGUGUGUGAAAGGCCAGCCUCAUGAUCAUAAACACCUGAUGCCAACACAGAUCAUACCUGGCACAGUGCUGACAGAGUUGGUGACUUCCAUGCACUCUUUGAGAGAAAAACACAACAUCAAAUCCUACUGUCCUUGUACCAACAAGCAGAACCUCCUCACCAAACUUCCAGCCACCAACGGAGUCUCACAGGUUCUGCAGAACGUCCUGAACCACAGUAACAAACUGUCUCUGGUGAAAGCUGAGCCAGGCUCUGACCGAGGAGGCACCAAGGCAGAGACAAACGGAGGAGGUGUUGGAGGAAGCAGUCCAGGCAGCGAUGCAGGAAGUGCUGCUGUCACCCCACCAGAGUCCCAGUCACCUCUGCACUUUCUGGCUGAUCUGGCAGAGCAGAAAUCUAGGGAAGAAAAGAAAGAAAACAAGGAGUCAGUGCUGUUGGGUAAAUCAGUGAAAGAAGACAAAAGGGGAGACAGCCUGGAGGUCCUGCAGCAGUGUAAAACCACCUCACUCGUGGCUAACAGUACGGAGCAGGGCUCCACACUCAGAGAUCUGCUCACCACCACAGCAGGGAAACUGAAGCUGGGCUCUACUGAUGCUGGAAUCGCUUUUGCACCAGUCUACUCUACUGCUUCACAGACUGGAAAAGGUGGUCGGACCAUGCCCAAUAUCCUUGAUGACAUCAUCGCUUCAGUAGUUGAGAAUAAAAUCCCCGCCAGCCGCCAGAACAUCACCACCAAACUGUCAAUCAAGCAGGAGCCUGUCACCCUAGGCAACAAUAACAACAACAACCCUGCCUCUGCUGUUACUGAAGAUGCCAAACCAGAGAGGAAGAAGUCAGCGCCUGUUACUGCAGCAGUGUCAGAGGAAUCAGCCAAUCACUAUCCAGAUAUUUCCCAUUGCUGGUUAAACAACAGACAGUUACUGUGGCUCAAAGAUCACCGCAACCAGAACAACUGGAAGCUGUUCAGAGAAUGCUGGAAACAAGGACAGCCUGUGUUGGUGUCAGGGAUCCAUAAGCGACUGAAUGCCAGUCUGUGGAAAGCUGACUCCUUCAACCAGGAGUUUGCAGACCAUCAGGGAGACCUCCUCAACUGUAAAGACCAGGUGGUGUCCAACUCCGGAAUCAAGGAGUUCUGGGAUGGAUUUGAGGACCUCACCAAGCGACCCAAAUCCAAGGAUGGAGAACCUAUGGUCUACAGACUGAAGGACUGGCCAUCUGGAGAAGAGUUCAUGGCCCUAAUGCCCUCAAGAUAUGAUGACUUGAUGAAGAACCUGCCCCUGCCAGAGUACUCAGAUCCAGAGGGCAACCUCAACUUGGCCUCCCACCUGCCAUCUUUCUUUGUCAGGCCAGAUCUGGGGCCAAGACUAUGCUGUGCCUACGGUGUAGCUGCGUCUCAGGACCAGGACUUUGGGACUGCCAACCUCCAUGUAGAAGUUUCAGAUGUCGUCUCUGUUCUGGUCUAUGUGGGAGUAGCUAAAGGCAAUGGAGUCCUGUCUAAAACUGGAGUGUUGAAGCGUCUGGAGGAGGAGGAUGUAGAUGAGGGGGUUCGGAGAAGGCUGAAAGACUCCAGUGAGACACCGGGGGCACUGUGGCACAUCUACCUCAACAGAGACAUGGACAAAGUCCGAGAGUUCCUGCACAAGCUCUGUACGGAGCAGGGACUGGAUGUGUCGCUUGACCAGGACCCAAUCAGAGAACAGAGCUUGUACCUGAGCAGGAAGCAGCGUCAGCGGCUGCUGGAUGAACACGGAGUUCAGGGCUGGACUGUGGUUCAAUUCCUGGGAGAUUCUGUACUUAUUCCAGCAGGGGCCAUGCACCAGGUCCAGAACCUCCACAGUUGUGUUCAGGUCAUCAAUGACUUUGUGUCUCCCGAGCAUGUGGCCAACUCCUUCCACCUGACCCAGGAGCUCCGACCCAAUAAAGAGGAGGUCAACUAUGAGGACAAACUACAGGUGAAGAACAUCCUGUACCACUGUGUAAAGGAGGCCGUCAGCUCCCUGAAGAGGGGUAGCGCUGAGGAAGAUGACGAGGAAGAGAACUCAUGACACCCCAUCGGCGGCAUCCACGCCUUCAAGAGAGGGACAUGACUCCCAUGAGCACCUCGCUCUGCCUACUCCCACCUCCUCACGUGGAGGACUGUUAUCACGUGACUGCAAGAGGUGGUGAUGUGACCCAUGGGUACUGCACCUGCAUCACACAUCCAGGUGGCCAGUGAGAGCCACGCCCAUCUCCAUCAUCACCCCAAACCUUCAGUGCCAAGAGGAGACAAACACAAGACAUGAGGGGCCACUGGAUAGGCAGGGAUUAAACCUCAACUACCACACCUCUUUGUGUUUCAUAAACUCAGAACACAGGGAGGACAGAGGAUGAAGAGGGCAGCAUGUUGGUUGUGAGCCUUAUAAAAGCCACUACGCUGGAGUGAAACAGCACUACAAGCCUCCAAUGAAACAAAACGGAACUCUUUAGUGUGAAUGAUGGUGCGUUUAGCUAAGAUCCAGUUUCCUUGGAGACUCAGACUGGUCACAGGUUUGAUGGCAGCAGCAGUGAUGAUGAAGACACAGCUGCUCUCUCAUUGUAAUCUGCUGUGGAUUAUAAAGGCCAGGAGGUUUAAUCCCUGUUUUUAGCAGCAGCCCACACAACGUCUUGGAUAGAAGAUUUUUCUGAUCACGUCAGCAUCACCAGCAGCAAGCAGCAUCAGGAUCAAAAAAAGCAAGAAAAAAGGUUUGAGGGGGAAAAAAUGCAAAACAGAAAUCUCAGAUGUUUCAGUCAGCAGGCAGUGAGCUCUGCUGCUCCCUCCUUUUUUGUUCCUUCUGUGAUUUGUCUGUUCAUGUCCUCUUUUCUAGUUCUGUUGUUUUAUUUCCUCUGUGAAGAUGUAUUUAUUUUAUAGCUCUAUGGUAUGCGAUGUUAUUGAGAGAAAAAGCAUUGAUGUAAAUGUGACUUGUACAGUUUUUUUUCUUUGCUAUGUGAUUUUCAGUUGUAAUACGGCUCUACUGUGAUGGAGGACACACACACACACACACA